AUGGACAGUGAAUCAAGAGACGAGGAUUCCAGUGGAAAUAGUGAAGCCGAAGUCGAAACAUCGGUGGAUGAAGUGACUGACAAAGUGAAGGGCUGUGUCAAUGUCGACUGGCCAGAGUCCGAUUCUAAUGGCGAUGUCACAGAUGAUGAAUUUCUGUUGGUUCUCGACAAGAUGGAUAUGCCCAGAUUCGAUACUACUUCUCCGCGUGGUGAUAAGAAAUCAUGGGAGACGUUUGCUGAGACAGCUGCUGCUUAUGUGUACAAGUCUGUCGGUGAGAGAGUAUCACAACCGCUACGCGUAUGGCUAAGCAAUUCGGCGAGUUCUGCGAUCCUCCACGGACUCCUUGGAGAGUUGACCACGUCGACAGAAGCAGGUCAAGGUGAAGACUCACGCUCUCCUGAAGAAGCAACAACUGAAAAUAUGUCAAUUGCGGACUCAUGCUUAGAUAAUCGUCAGGAUGGUCAUUGGUGUUAUGGCAGAUGGACGGUGGACAAUGUGGCAAGAGAAUCGCUACAUACCGACCGGAUUCAUGAAGGACAACUAUGCGUCGAGAAUACUUGA